AUGCUGAAAUCUGAAGUAAUUGUUGUAUCUGGUCCGUCAACAUCAUCACGUCGUAGGUCGCCAUCUGAUUCUCCUCGACAGGAUAAAUCGUCGAAAAGAUCUCGUCGAACACCAACCCCAUCAUCACAAUCAGAUGAUGAUGAUCGACGAAGUCACAGUGAUGAUGAUGAAGAAGAAGGCGAAGUACGAUCUAAACAAACUUUGAAUGAUCCUCCAGUUCAAGCAAAACCUGUUGCUCCUGUUACAGCACCGCGUACUGGUGGUCUAUAUUUGCCUCCAGCAAAGCUACGUCUUCUACAAGGAUCAUUAACAGAUAAAUCGAGCCCUGAAUAUCAACGUCUAGCUUGGGAAGCUUUGAAAAAAACACUUAAUGGUCGUGUUAAUAAAGUCAAUACAGCCAAUUUGGCAUUGAUUAUUCGGGAAUUAUUCAAAGAUAAUAUCGUACGUGGUCGAGGUUUAUUAGCUCGUGGCAUUAUUCAAGCGCAAGCGGCAUCUCCAUUUUAUACAUCGGUGUAUGCUGCAUUAGUAUCAGUUGUAAAUACAAAAUUCCCGCAAAUCGGUGAAUUAAUCGUGAAACGUUUGAUUUCAUCAUUUCGUCGAACAUAUCAACGAAAUGACAAAAACAAUUGUUUAGCAGCAACAAAAUUCAUCGCACAUCUCGUCAAUCAAAAUAUUCUUCAUGAAAUAGUUGCAUUACAAAUGCUUGUUCUUUUACUGGAAAAUCCAUCCGACGAUAGUGUGGAAUUAGCUAUCGGCUUUUUAAAAGAAUGUGGACAGAAAUUAUCUCAAGUUAGUCCACGAGGAUUAGAUUCAGUGUUUUCCACAUUAAGAAAUCUUCUUCACGAAUCAUCGCUUGAUAAACGUACACAAUACAUGAUUGAAGUGUUAUUUGCAGUCCGCAAAGAUCAAUUUAAGGCUAAUCCUGCUGUUCCAACUGGUCUUGAUUUGGUCGAAGAAAGUGAUCAAUAUACUCAUAUGCUCACAUUAGAUGAUCCCUGUGAACCUGAGCCAAUGCUUGAUGUAUUUAAAUACGAUGAUGAAUAUGAGGAAAAUGAACGAAAGUACAAAGAAAUUCGAAAAACGAUUCUGAACGAAAGUAGUGACGAUGAAGAUGAAAGCUCAGGUUCAUCUGAUAGCGACGACGACGAUGAUGAUGAUGGCAAAAAAGAUGUUGAUGAAGAAGAGCAAGGAGCUGGUGCGACACAAACCAAACAAGACACCAUUAUUGAUCAAACAGAAACAAAUUUGGUAGCACUUCGGCGUACAAUAUAUUUAACGAUUCAAUCGAGUAUUGGUGCUGAAGAAUGUGCACAUAAAUUACUGAAAAUGAAUUUACGUCCUGGUCAAGAAAUGGAAUUAUGUCAAAUGAUUCUCGACAGCUGUGCACAACAACGAACAUAUGAACGAUUUUUUGGUCUACUUGCGCAACGUUUUUGUCUAUUGAAGAAGGAAUAUAUUGAAUGUUUCGAAAAAGUGUUUCAAGACCAAUAUGAAAUAGUGCAUCGUCUUGAAAAUGUCAAAUUAAGAAAUGUAGCUAAAUUUUUCGCUCAUUUACUCGUCACUGAUGCUAUUUCAUGGGGUGUUCUUCGUUGUAUUAUUUUAACAGAAGAAGAUACCACCUCGUCGUCGCGUGUUUAUAUCAAGAAUUUGUUUCUAGAAUUAGCGGAAUUCCUUGGUUUAACCAAACUUAAUAAUCGUUUAACGGAUCCAACACUAGCAGAGUACUUUGAUGGUUUAUUUCCACGAGACAAUCCAAAAAAUACUCGAUUUUCAAUAAACUUCUUCACAUCAAUUGGUCUUGGUGGUCUAACUGAUGAUCUUCGAGAAUUUUUACGAACAAAUCCACCACCAGCUACAUCAGUAGAACCUGCCGUACCUGUUAAACCUGAAAUAAAAGAAGACGAAGAAGAUUUUAAAGAUCAUGAACGUAUGCAAGCUCGUCUUCGUGAACUUCAAAUGAAAGAAGAAAAAACAAAAAAGAAGAAAGAAGAUAAAAGAACAAAAAAGCGUUCACCAUCAGCUUCGUCCACUUCGUCGUCAUCGUCAUCAGGAUCAUCGUCGUCGGGUUCUUCGUCAUCGUCAGCUUCCCCACCGCCGCCGCCGCCACCACCACCGCUAUCUCGAAAGGAAGAUCAACGUAAUCGGGUCGAACGUCGUCAAAAAGAUCAAUCUCCUGAAGCCGAUCGUCGAAAUAAAUCAAGAAAAGAUGAAGGUCGGCCAAGAUAUCUAUCUCCAGAACUUGAUCGUCGAAAUGGCGUAAAGAAAGACGAUCGUCGACAAAAAGAUCGCUCUCCAAUUGUUGAUCGUAGAGAUCGAACAAAAGAAGACGACCGCCGACCAAAGGAUCGACGCGUAGAAGAAAAAAGGCACCAUGAGAAGCAACCAUCACUUGAUCGUGGUCGUCAUUAUCAUAAAUCGUCAAAACGCUAA